AUUAUUUAUUCUGCAGAACAGACCCUAAAACAUCCUCAGUUCUCUCAAAGACUUUUAUAGUCUAUUGACGUACAAAGAAAUGUCACAGAAGCAUAUUUUUAGAUAUGUUCUAAUGGUUCAGCAUAGUCUAGAAAUCUUCUUCAAGUUUUGUUCAAGCUAUUGCCAGUUUUUGUUUCCAAUAUUAAUUGCUAGAAAUUGCUUCCACUCUGUUUUCUAUUUGUUAGUAUGCCUAGAACAUUGACUUAUGUCCUCCUCCUUAGCAAUGUUUAUCAAACCAGAUUUUGAUAAUGUGGCAUUGGUAUUAGAUAAGAUGCCACUUCCUUUUUCCAAAAGACAUUUUGAUUAGCUUUUCAGACUAAUAUAUUUGACAUGAGCCUCCCUGUUUACAGUAGAAAGCUGGCUUUCUCUUAUCUGUUUCAAAAGAAUCCUCUUAAAGGCCUAGAUUCUUUUGCAAAUUUUUACAACACUUUCCCUUCUUUAUAGAAUUACACACAACUCAGUUUUUUCCAGAAGAUUUCAUAUAUUCUUCGUUCAACUUCCGCGUAUUCAGCCAUCUUACGAGCAUGAUCUUCAGAUUUCCCACACAAUCCAACUACAGCAUCAUGCAUACCUGUAGCCUAUUGUCUUUGAUUCAUCAAACUCGCGCUAUGCCAGCUCUCCUUUGUUUCAGACAAUCACCAAUGAAAAUAAAGUUUAUUGUGGUCAAUACUGGCAAGGCUAGAUCCUCCCCUUCAUGUAAGAUAUAACCAGUUUUAUCUAAUAAUAACAUCCUCCUGCGAAAUUACUUGAUUCAAUUGGUGGGUGAAUGUGAGCACCAUGACACUAUCAAUGGAUGCUAGAAGAUUUUUCCUUCAAUUGUGAACCAGUAAUCAAUAAUGCAAAGCAGAAAGUCUUGCUACAUAUUCGUCCUUGUGAAAUCGUGAAGCAGUUGCUAUAUUGCGCAGUAACGCCAGAUUUCGAUAUUAAGCUUGCCUUUAUGAAGCACUAAGGCCAUCCCUCUCGGAGCGACGAUUUCUGGGCCAGAAGGCGGUUGGCAACAAUUAUGAAAAACCUAAAGAACUUCGAAUUGGCUUUUGAUAAUGGCAGAAAAAGCUUCUGCGGAGGAGAGAUCAUGAGAGGCAGUAUCACAACUGAUUUUGAAGACGAGGUAGAAAUCCAAAAUAUCCAAGUACGUUUUUAUGGUGAAGCAUUUAGUCAGCCUAACAAUGUCCAGGGCAUCUAUAACAAACAGCAAAGACAAAAAAAGGAAAGCGUUGUAAAUCUGCAAAAGGUCUUGUUUGGCUAUAAGGACGGGGAGUCUGUCGAAACUAUACCUACGCAUCCACACGGCAUUUACAGAUACGACUUUCAGUUCAUGGUGCCUAAAUACCUUCCAUGUUCGUUUGAAAGCCCGAAGGAACGUCAGCGGGGCCUUGCUUUCAUACAUUAUUUUGUUGAAGCUACGAUAACGCGGCCAUGGAAGACAAACGUGACGAAGCAAGUACCAAUCACUGUAAGCGAAGUUAUCGACACGACGUUACCGGAGUAUUCUUAUAGGCCAGGAUGCCAAACGCAAAAGGAAUUAGGCACAUGUAUUUCAGAUGGAAUUCUAUCCCUUGAAGCUUAUGUUGAUAAUAUAUGUUAUAACCAAGGGGACAAUAUACUGAUAUCUUGUGAGGCUGAAAAUGAUUCCAACCGUAUUAUGACAAGCGUGUAUGCAAAACUCUUCAAGCGGACUCGAUACCGAAGUAAAAGAGAGACAAAAACAUAUCUAGAUAUCGUUGCUGAAUAUUUCGGUGAUCGAAUAUUGCCAAGGAACAGUGUUAAUUGGGAGAAUCUCAAGUUCAAGAUUCCACAGGUUGGUCCGACCAUUACGAAGAGCAACCGUGUUAACGUCGAUUUCUUCCUGCGUGUGGGAAUGUAUCAGUUGUUUCGUGACGAAAUCCACGUUGAUUUGCCAAUCGUGAUUGGAAUAACUAAAGAUUAUUUGGUUGAAAGACGGCUCACUGAAGAGGAUCUGAAACUAGACGUGUCUGUAACAGUAGAUCCGAUUGCUGCAAGAAAGGGACGCCUGAACGAAGUUGAUCGACGAAGACUGGAAGACAUUGCUGACAUUUUCAUGCGAAUGCCGCAUGAAGGCAAACGCCCGUCAGUCCAAUACAUCAAUGCAUUGGCUAGGAAGAACCGCCGACAACACAGUGUGGAAUCCACCCCUAGGCAAACACCGCAAUACGACAGCGAAGACUCAUUCAUUGGUGACGAGAAGUUACAAAUGUCGAGAUCAAUAGACCUGCUCCAAAGUGGUUAUUAUGAAGAUGCCAACAGCCUUUCUCCAAGUAGAUUAUCCAGUCGAAGAGCCAGCGAAACUAAUCUGUACACCGCCACUAAGGCUGAUCGGCAACCCAGAGUUUUAACCUCAACUCCUACUCCAAGAUCCAGCGAGGCUGGACUUUGGUCCAAAGGAAACACUCCACGUCAAACAGAGAUUAAAAGCGCCAGGCCUUCUGUUCGUAAAGCGGCGUCACAUUCCAACAUUCAGAACAAAACUCUCGCGAGUCCUGGUUCAGCAACAGGACAGUUAGAAGGGCUAGGGCCUUCUCCGAGAAAGUCUCCUGCAAAGCGGCCUUCUGUUCGAAAGACAGCAUCCCAGGGCAAGAUUGAUAUGAAGGAAGCCGCAAUGAUUGCCGCUGGUAUUGGCAAUGUUCGACGCAAAGGAGCAUUGAAAAUAAAAAGCCAGGGCGGGGGCAUAAAUGCAUCCAAUGAACCUGAGGGCAGAGAUACUGGAAACGAGAAUGUGGCAAUCAAAGAGACCACUGCAAAUGAACAACUAGCACUAGCUGACUCAAGUGGGAAGGCAUCGGCAAAGAAAGGACAGGCAAGUGAAACUUCAGCUUCGUCCCAGCAAAAUGGACCUGUGGGGUCUAGCCAAGCCCAGGAUGAGAAGAAGCAGACGACUUCGGCAAAUCGACUGAAGAGUUCAUUGAAAAUGCCUGUGAUGAGUCCAAUUCAUUCGGCUGCCGAGUCUGGAACAGAAAGCCCCGGUAAAGAGCUGCGUCAUGAUGGCUUAUCACAAGCUGGUAGACUUCAAUCCAGGCAUACAAGAACAGUAUCUUCUGAAAAGCCCGUGGGAGCGAAAAUGAGUUCUAUAGCAAUGGAAAAAAGCAACAGAUCCGGGCAACAAAAUGAGAAAGCACUCAGAUCAAAUAGCAAGCUUGCUGCUGUUGCUGCAUUCAAGAAAGGAAACAAAUCAUCAGUUGGAAGUUCUAAGAUGGAUAAGGUUUCUUCCAGCGAAAUUAAGUCAUCAGGCUUGGGGAGAGCUGCUUCUGAUAAAAAAGAGUUGUCUAGUAAUCGAAAAGUAAGUACCUCGGACCAAUCGUCAAGUCAUUCUGUUAAUGGUGCAGAGGAUGGAAGAGUAGCGAAUAAAAGUAAAGCAAAUGUUCUCAAGAAGAGCGCUUUAUCAAAAGAAACCGUCAAAAGGUCUUCUGACAUUAAGAAAACCAUUAAAGACGAAAAUAAAGAAAACGAGCAAUUAUCAAUGGGGAAAAAUGAAGUCAACAAUAACGUUGAUGAUUAUGUGAAUGAUGACGAGAUUGUUGAGAUCAGUGAGCAAAAUUUGGAAAACAUGCCUGAAUUUGAUAUUGAUAUGGCAAACGAAAAGAAUUUGUCAGAUGAAAAAAAGACUGGAUUGAAACAAGAUGCUGCUAGCCAACUUGACAACGAGGCUGAAAAUGUUUUGAAUUUGGGUCCAACAUUUUCCAGAAGUCAGAUGUUUGAAAGCAGACAAAAAAGAAAUGGAGGGGUUGUUACGACAAAUAAAGAAAAUCAACUUCAAAGUCAUUUGAAAAACUUGCCAAAUGAAACAGGAAAGUCAGCUAUAGAAAAUACUAAUGGCGAUACCGGAAAGAGCUCUCUCGUAAUAGCAAAGGAGAUAGUUGAAGAAGGUGAAAUACUUCCAGUAUUUGAAAAGGAAGGUUUGGAACAUGCACCGGCAUACUGUUUCGAUGAUAUCAAUCUUUACAACCAAUCUUCUAACGAAAGAGAAAAAGCUAUAGAUUAUUCUGAAAAAGAGGUUGCAAAUGAGGAUGGUUCAAUGUCAGCUGAGAUUCGGAACUUGGAGCGUGCACCUUCUCUUGAUGAAUUUGAAAGAUUUGAAACAGAAAUAUUGGGGAACAGUGCAGCUAGGGGCAUCACCGUAAAUAAAAAUGCUUCAGUUGAUGAGAAUUGGAAAGAGCAAAGAAUGGUUGGUGAUGAUGAAAUAAGUAGGGACACUGUCAAAGGGGAUAUUAUCGACAGGAAAGCCUCAGUCGUUAGCGAAAACAGCAACAGGAAUGUAAAGGACAGUAUGUACCAUGCCAAUGGCUUUUCUCAAGGUGACAAAGGAUCGAAAAUCAUCAGUAAACUACAAUGGAAAGAAGAGCUCCCAAAACGAAUCACGAAGAGAAUCUUCCGUGGCAGCUGA